AUAACGCUACUUAUAGAAAUCAAACGAAGUACAACAGCUGCUGCGGCUUUAAGCCUGUAUUUGGGAUGGGCUGUAUUCAUAACGUCAUUCCAUUCCUCCCUCCGCAGACUCUCAUUCUUUCAUACAUCUCCUCCCUCUGCUCUUAUUCCUUCUCUGAAUGGCACAGUUCACUGGCUCCAUUACUCCUCCGGCGAUAUUAUACUGUAACAUUCGGUCCAAAGAUUGUGUUUUUUUCCUCUUCGGAGUCUUUUUCCUCAACUUUCCUGGCGUGUCAUCAGUUCUGGGCUUAACGUCACGCUUUCGACGUAGCGGAGUCAUCCGAGGCGACACGAGCUCCGCGGGAUCUAGAAAAAAAACAACAGUUCAACGACUACGGAAAUUCGCUCUAGAAAACACUUAUUUGGAUAUGUCUCGACAAAAACCUACGUGCUGACGAAGGGCCGUUUUCACUCCCGGCCAAACUAAUGAAAAGACAACGCUUUCUUUUUUUCUUUUUUUCCACUAUUCCUAAACCAGGGGGAUGAUUCUUUCAGAGUGAUUCCUGGUUUCACUCUGCUUUCGCAAUAUGAUGUUUUCUCCCCUCUCUCUGUCUCAGGAUGAGUUCCAUCCAUUCAUCGAGGCACUACUGCCCCAGGUCCGGGCCUUCGCCUACACCUGGUUCAACCUGCAGGCCAGGAAGAGGAAGUACUUCAAGAAGCACGAGAAGAGGAUGACCAAAGAAGAAGAGAGAGCAGUCAAGGACGAACUGCUGGGUGAAAAGGCAGAGGUGAAGCAGAAGUGGGCCAGCCGUCUCCUGGCCAAGCUUAGGAAAGACAUACGGCCAGAGUGCCGGGAGAACUUUGUCCUGUCCAUCACUGGGAAGAAGCCAGCAUGCUGUGUGCUGUCCAACCCCGACCAGAAGGGAAAGAUGAGGCGCAUAGACUGUCUCAGACAAGCAGACAAGGUGUGGCGCCUGGACCUGGUGAUGGUGAUCCUCUUCAAGGGCAUCCCACUGGAGAGCACGGACGGGGAGCGCCUGGUGAAGGGAGGCCACUGCUCCAACCCCAUCCUGUGUGUUCAGCCCAGACACAUCUCCGUGUCCGUCAAGGAGCUGGACCUCUACCUGGCCUACUACGUGCAGGAGAGAGAAGCUGAGCAGAACAGCAGUCCAAGUCGCACCGGGCUCGGUUCUGAUCAGGAGGACAGCAGAACCACCACCAUGGAGGGGCCAGAGUUCCAGGACAGCUUUGUCACCUCAGGAGUUUUCAGUGUCACUGAGCUGGUCCAGGUCUCUAGAACUCCGGUUGUAACAGGAGCAGGGCCCAGUUUUUCUUUGGGAGAGCUACAGGGCCAUUUGGCCUACGACCUAAACCAGUCAGUCAAUCAGCCGGUCAGCCUGAGGCGAUCGUUGGCAAGCACGUCAUCCAGCGGCAGCAAGCGCCACAAGUCAGGCUCCAUGGAGGAGGAGGCAGACAGCCCCGGGGGGGAGUACUACCCUUCUCCCUCCUCCCCCGCCAGCAACUCCAGGAACUGGGCCGAUGACAUGGAGGGGGGUCUUUCCCCUCCGGUGAAGAAGACGGAGAUGGACAGUCCUUCGCCUCAGGAGGACUCACCCAGGAUGGGCCCCUUCACCCAGCACCAUCGACCUGUCAUAGCCGUGCACAGUGGUUUGUCUCGGAGUCCCCAUCCCUCGUCGUCUCUCCAUUUCCCCACGUCGUCUUACUUCCCCCACGGAGCCAUCCGCUACCCCCCCCACCUCACCCAGGACCCGCUCAAAGACCUGGUCUCAUUGGCCUGCGACCCGUCCAAUCAGAACCCCGGCUCUUUGAAUGGCAGUGGCCAGGUUAAAGUGCCCAGUCACUACAUCUCCUCUCAGAUGUUGGCUCCGCCUGGCCCCGCCCCCUCGUCUCUGGCCCCGCCCCCUUCCUCCCUGACCAGGCUCACGUUGGCCAUAGACUCCAAGACCAUCACCACCUCCUCUGAUGGGGGGGCUAACUCCCCGACGUCCCCCACUUACUCCGCCCCUGGGACCCCCCCUACCAACCGCUCCUCCUUCGUGGGGGUCACCCCCCGAGACCCAGGGGGACUCUACCAAGCCCAGUCGUGGUACCUGGGCAACUGACCGGACGGAGGAGGGGUCAUCACCAUGGCAACGCAAUGUCGAAGGAACCCAACAAUGUUGACGACCCAAAAGGAUAUCCUGAGUAUAUGAAAGUAUAAUAUGUGGUUACACAUAUAUAAAUAUGCAACUACAAAUAUUUAUAUAUGUUUAUCCAUGCUUCAUACCUUUUUUGGAGACUGCCUUUUGGAAAGAGGAAAGAGACGGACGGAGGAAGAAGGUGGUCAGUCUUGCUACUUGGCUAACUACGCUCCAAAUGGCGGAAAGGGGCCACAGAAUGACUGCCUAACGGCGGCCCCCUUUUAUGAGUUGAGAUGUCUGUUAUAGACGCGGAUGAUGGAAUGGCCCAUGUGGACUGUCUCGGCCAUGUGUUUGGCUGCAGAGCAAGGGGUCACCCCCGCUCUAGAGGGGGGUGUGUGGUGGAAUCAUCGCAUCCCCAGGUAGAAGCCUGCUCCCAGGGGGACAGGGCAAACAAACUGAACCGUCCAUCCACAACCACAGUCCUUCACCCCUGACCGCUACCCUUUAUCCCUUAGCCCAGCACAAGUUCUCCUCGCUGGGAAGGACUUCAGCCCCGGCCUGCGACCUAAACGCCCUUUGCCCUUCCAUAACUCCCAGAAUGCCCCUCUUCACUGCAGGUGCUGCUUCUUAUAUAUGCAAAAUAUGCCUCUGUCCUUUUCUAAACCAACCCAAGAUUCAUAGCGAGAGGGAGGGAGAGAGAGAGGGCACGAUAGAUAUCCUGUUGUGAAUAUAAAGGUUUCUUUGCACUUUUUUUCAUGAUGCUCUUUGGAUGUUAGGGGGGGUGUUUGGGUAGAGCAUUUGUUUUUUUCCUGGCUCUCUUCCCACCAGAAGACAAGGGGCUCUUUCUGUUUCUUGACAAUCAUCACCUGUACCCUUUACGUUGCUUCCAAAGGAUCAUCUUUUUAAGACUCUUUUUAAUUGUUCUCUUUAUAUUGGAAACCGAAAAAAAUGGCGGGACAUAUGAACCAUAUUCAUCACAGUGCGCAAUGCCAUAGUCAUACUCAGUGGUAGAGCUAAGCACAGCGUUAUUUGUAUGCGUACAUCGUAAGAGGUAUAUAAAAUGUUUUUUUACAGGAGAGAAUUUGAGUUUUUACAGAUAAAAAGGGGUGUAUUUUGGGUUCAAAUUGCAGGAUUAGGACAACUCAUGUUGUUGUACUUAUCUAUCUUUAGAAGAAGCAGAAGUGACGCGUUGGACUUGGGCACUGUGUACAGAUGGAAGUCUGUCAGUAUGUGACUAUGGUUCUUGAUGUCUCCACCACCAUGCUCUUAAUCCUAAAGAGAUUGUGUACGUCAUCGCUGUGUCCUCAAAACACUUGUCUAUUGCUUUGGGGGGAAGAUACUUGGAUACAGCAGGCAUUGCACUAUGAUCAAGUUAAAUUUGUUGUUUUUUCUUUUCGUCGAGGAAACCUUACUUUCUUGGAUUGUUUGACAUAAUGCAAAGCGUUUAGGCCACAGCAUGGUGUUGUUAUAGGUAGCGGCCCGUAGCAUUUCCCUAGCUCGCUAGCUGAAUGUUAGUUUGAACUCAGCACAGGUUUCACCCUCAUAUUCUAGAAUUUGCCACGUUGCAGAAUGUGGUGUGUUACUCUUGACCUUUCCUUUACUUUCACCAGGAACUUGUGGAUACAGGAAUGAGCUACACAAUAGUAACCUGCAGUUAAAUGUGGACAAUUUAAUAAGGAAUGUAUGGCUAGCGCCAGGCAAGUUCAGCAUGCUAGGGCUAAACCAAACGAAUGCCCUAAUUGCUUUCUGCUGGCAAUAAGCAAUGUAAUGAACCUUUCGAGCUGCAUUUUAUAUAGUAUGAGCUUCAAAAACGACGGUUUUUAUGUUCCCAACCUUGAUGUAAAACGUUGGGAUGGUUUGGUAGGUAAAAGCAAUAUUUUGAUCAUGGGAUUAUGCUAAUUUGAGUUAUUAUUGUUUCUUACAAAGAUGCUUCGUAUAGUCUUCAUAGUUUUUUUGUAACAUUUUGUAACUUUAUUUCAUGUCACUACCAUUGCAUUGCAACUCAUUCAGUGGCAACCAGAUUACAUCCUUAUUAGCAACUUUAACAAGCUGUCAUAGCUGCCCUUAACAGAGUAAAUUACUACGAGGCCCAAGGCAUUUUCUCACCAUGUUUUCUUUAUUGGUUUAUAGAUUAUCUUUUGAAACACAGCACCAUCAACAUACUCACCAACAUUCACACUCUGUGAUGCAAUUUAGAUAUCUCUUUUAAUUCUAGCAUUUUUAUAUAUUCUAAAGCCCAUUCGUCAACGAUUGAACAUGGUACUCCGUGUUCAGCAAACCACCAGAAGUACUUUUGCAAAAAAACUAACAAUGAAUGUUAUUUAUGGUGACUUGUUGUUUGAUACCCAAUGCUACAUCAUGACCUCUAUGGAGCUUUGCAGCUUAUGAAACAAACCAUCAUUGUUAGUUCCCAAGGGUUAAUAUGCACCGAAUGGGCUGGCAGUCUCUAGGAAUUAGAUUGCUGUUUUUUUUAACUGGGUGAAAGCAGGCAGCAGGCGAUAAGGCUGACUGUGGUGGCUCUGUGUGUUUAUGCGGUGUCUGAAGGUGAAGAGCUAGUGACUGUGUUAGGGCUGGGGGAGGAUUGGAGGACUGGGGUGGGCAGGUGGGGGGGGGGGGGGCGGGGAGUACGUUUGGAUAAAAAAAAUAAAAAAAGUUAGCUAAGAGCUGAUGUAAUACUGCAUGGUGCUGCUAUGGUCGCUGUGCUGACCUAAAGAAUGCAUGGCUCAACGCCCCCCCCCCCCCCCCCCCUUACCUCCUAAUGUCCUUAUGUCGUCCCGACCUCUUUCUCUGUACCCCGACGGGUAGGACAUUACAUGGAGAAGUCUUCCCCUAAUCAAGUAUACUCCUUUGGAUUUUUAAUAUUAAGCCCUGUUGUUGAACCUCUAUUUUGCACGAUGUUUCAUAUAAAAAACACAAACAAACACACACACACACACACACACACACACACACACACACACACACACACACACACACACACAAACACACACAUUAUGUGCCUUGCCUUAGUUUAAAAACAAUGAUACAUUAUUGAGAAAUUACCUUUUGUGUGUUCUUGGUACAACCGGUCUGGUAGUCCUUAAAAACAGAAAAAAAAAGAAGAAAUGCUGCAUGUGUGACUGCUUGUUGCUAUCCAGUUUGGUGGGGUUUUCGAUUGUCUGUUAACAGCAGAACUAUUAUUGUCAUUCAGAGAUGUUACACUUGUGGUGUCAGUCCGGCACCACAACAGUAUUACUCCACUUUCUCUACGCCAACACAUAAAGCUGGAUGAAUGUAAAGGCCCCCACGAUAUACUUAAAACAAAAAAAGCCAAAAUAGCGUUUUCGCAUUGGAUUACAGAAACUGCUGUUGAACACGGCUAUUCUGACAGAAUGUAGUCACUGCGAUGUGAUGGGUGUUCGUUUAGCGGCAUGGGUCGAGGUGGGGCCCAGCGGACCCUACAGACGCUGUGGAGAUAUUGGUGAGCGGUCGCAGGCCGGUGUAUAUUGGGGGUCAGGGAAAAGGUUUGACUAGUUUGGCUGAGCGAUGUUAUGAGGGCUGACUCCGUCUUAAAAAACUAAAAACUAGACGAACAACCCUUUCACAAUAAUCCAUGGCCAUUUUCAAAAUGAGUCUGAGAGUGUUUGAAUCGGAAUAGAGGCAAAUAAAUUGACAAUGUGUUUGCAGGAGAAAGUCCAUUUGUAUUCACGAUUGUGACCCACAAUGCCCCGUUUAAGUGUUAAAUUGGGGGGUCCCUGAUGUUGUGGCCUAGCCCGUCAGUAUUCCAUCAAAUGGAAAAUAAUAAUUGUAAGGUUUCAGGGUUAAGAUUGAUUUGACUCCUCUCAGCAGUCGGUGGGCUUCAGUGUUCUGACGGCCCCUCCGCCAUUGAUUUGUAUUAGAGGCUUGGUUUGACCAUGUGACUCAUCAAGGCCUCAGGCCACAUAUGCGCUUCAUACUGAUUGAUGCAUGCACUAAACACUAUCCUGAGCUUUUAUUAUUGACUUAUUUUAUUUUUUGUUUUUCUUAUAGCUUUGAACACAAGUUUGUGUAUAAAUACUAUGUAGCGUUAUAGAGGUUGUUUGUUAUAAAGAAACUGAUGAGUGUGUAUAGAAUCUUUACGUUUGUUUCGCUUUUUUAUUUUGUUGCUUGAAUACAGCUGUUUUGAAACCAGUGGCCAAGCCACCGGGUAAUGGUUCCAUGAAAUGGACGUAAAGGGGAGUUGUUGGAUGCUGAGGUUCUGCCAAAGAUGUGGAGGAUAAUAGGAAGAAUGAGACAUGAUGAAGUAUGUGCCGAUUAAUGUCCGGAUCUGUCUGCAGGACAGUGUUGUAAUUGCAGCAUUUCUUGUCAAAGUAAACCUGGUGUCUGUCUAGCUAGAGCGCGGGAUCAUCGACAACACUGAGAAGGUCCGAUCUGAAUGUGUUGAUGGUGGCAUUGAUAAUAGUGCUACGUUAACAAGGAAGUGCUAAAGAAGAUGCUAGAAGAUAGAAGUGCUGCAAAUACUGAGCAAACAGAUCAGCACAAGACAGAAUGAGGUCUGAAGAUUCAGACAUGUGUACGUAGAGAAGGCAUGAACUGUGUUUUGGUUAUGAAUAGGUUAAAAAAAGAUUAUAGCCAGCCAUUUUCCUUACCUCUUUUAAAGUCACACUUGAAGUGGGUUGUGAUUAGACUUUAAGUAUUAUUUUUCUCCUUCACCCUGUCUUCAUUCAUAUAGGCUUGGGUAAUUUGGUGUCCAAGUAUACCUGCAUCUUAUUUUUGACCCUUUCACAAAUUGCUACAGAGAAAUAAUUCAUUUGAAUCACCAAGUGACUAGGCCUUUUGUAUGGUUAAAUGACAAAUAAUGCCCAAAUGCCAUUCAAUCAAAAUCAGAUCGAGAGGCAAGAAGAUACGUUCGCUGUGUUGCAUAAGGUUAGCGUUUGUACAAGACGCUGAACAAGUGUUGAAAUGUUCAGGUACGCUGAGAAGGGACAUGAAAAAGGGCUUUAGUCAUCAUAUUGGGGACAAAAACAAGUAUAGCUCCUUCAAUUAAUGGAGCAAGCCAGUGCCCAUAGUUAACACCAUGAGAUACACCUGUGUUCAGCCCUACUGUUACACCUCUGUGAUAAAGGCCUGUAAUCCUACAAGUCAAAGGGAUCGAGGGAGAACAACCUUAUGACUAGAAUCUGAAUUAGAAAGUGUAUUUUAAACCCCCACCCCCCACCUGCCUUGUUCAACUUCUUAAGCCAAUGCUGUCUUCUCCUCAGGUAUAAUGGUAUAUGUAAAGCAUAUUUCUCCCAUGUGGCAUUGAAUGAUCUCUAUCCUCUAUACCUUUCCUUUGAAUAAACCAGCAGGUGAGCAGUGUGAAAACAAAAAAACACACCAAAAAAGGUUUUCAAAGAGCAGUGCCUAUGAUUUUACUGCUAUUAUUUGAUGUGACAUGUGUUCUGUCCAGUGCAGUCAUAAUUCAAACGCCACACUUGAGUAUGUGAUACAUUGAAGCCCUGGGGGUUGGUGCUCUAUACAUAACAAGGUUAUCACUUGCCCUAUCAGAGCUCACAAGCCAUAAUAGCCAAAGAUGCUCAUAGAAAAUCCAGAGGGAACUGUCCCAGAACACCAACAUUAUGAGGCUUGUUGGCUUUGCUCACAGUUCUGCAUGUAGACAUUCUAGAAGUUGAGGUGGUGAGAAAGUCAUACUUUUAUGUCAGUGACUGCAUGCAAAUAUAUUCCUCUUCCCACCCUAAUCAACCAGGAGAUUUCAGUACAGGGCAAUGAUUUGAGCAGAGAACUCCAAAGGAUUUUCUUUUACUAAAACAAAUUUUAGAAAUUGAAUUGAUGAAUGCAAAAUAUCACCGUCAAGAGAGAGGAUCAUCUAACUGUUAUUCUUUUUUUCAAUUACAAUUCUGAAUCCCGGUAAGUCAUACUUAACAUUGAUGGAAUAUAAAAAUGUGCAGACUUGUUUCUCUUUCCUAAUUUUUACUUUCCAAUGGCUCUGGAUUCUGGAUUUAUGUAUUAGCAUUGUGAGCACUUUGAACCUCUCUGGGCGAUUUCCUCAGAUCUUUGGCCGGGUGCAGUGUGUGAGUCAGAGGGGAAAAGGAAUACCCUCUGCUACAUCCAAGUGUUGUUGGUGUUUUGUGUUUUUUCAUCGAGGGGCUCUUUUCCAUGAACACUCUGAGUCAUUUCCCCACUGUAAUGCUGCUGUUAACCGAUAACCUUAUUACUCCGAUUUUGUUUAGUUUUUUUCUUUUUCUUUUUGGUGUUACUUGAAUUGAUGAUUGUGUUUUUGCUGAAGGAAAAACCUUACAACAAAACCUUUUUGGAACUUCUAAAAUGUAAAUUACUAUAAUUAUAUUUAAGUAAUAAUUAAGUAAUUACAAUUAACAUCUUUGUAACAUGACGUUUUUUUUCCCGACAGCAGUGCUAUACUGGUUACUUUCUGUCUUUCUUGGUACUUUAGUUCCUGCACGCUGUUUUCUCCAUGUGUUAUAGACUGUUUUUAAAGAAGUGAAGAAACAUGCUCUUUUCUCAGAAAACCUUUUUAUUCAGUGUCAUAUUUUAAGGACUUUAUUUCUCAUUAUAACUUCAGAUAAUACUAUAGUAAAGGACUGCUUUGCUUGCUGCGAAGAGACAGUAUAUGUCCCUCACACCAGAGAUUUAAUGUGGGAAAAACAUACAUAUAUUUUAAUAGAAUGACUGCCUGGAGGCCGGAUAUCUGCACUAGAGUGAGAAGCGUCAUCUUUUGACAAUAAACAGGGAGCUUUCUCCCUUUUCCUCCAACCUGAUGGAGCUGGGUGGUCCAACUCACACACUAUUGAUAUUGUGAGACUAAAUUGGCUCGGAUUUUAGUCAUGAAUCUAAUCUGAGGGGAAAAUAAGUAAUAUUAUUAUUUUAGCUAAAGGAUUUGCACAAAUAAUUCCUCAGUCCUAAUUUAUUGGACAUAAUUUCUAAAUUAAAAAUAUUUAUCAGAUUGUCCCUAUAAUAGAUAGAGAGUGCUUUAUCAAAUGAUUGCUUUCAGUAAAAAAUAUAUUUUUUAACGUUUGAUUUUAUUUACAUUGCCCACUUAAACCUGGCUUUGAAAGGAGCAGUCUUUAGAAAUCCUACCUGCUUUAAAGGCCAAAAGUUUCAGUGUGUAAAAACCUCUCUCUGUGGAAAAACGUUGGAUGUGGUUUACUGUCCUUCUCUAAAGCUUGAAAUCUAUCAUCAAGGACUUUUCUUAUUCUUAACUUUCUCUGUUCCAUUUUAUAUAUGGUCUUCAACUGCAGAGCUUCAAUGUGUGACACGUUUCUAAACUAUUAUUGAUACUGACCUGGUGUGAGGGAUGUAAACAGCUUGAAGAUAUUUCAUUAUAACGUAUUCAGCCAUUGCUAUCAGCUGCUGCUGAUGAAUUCAUUACUGGAAGUUUGUUUCCCUAUGCAAAAAUAUACCAUUAAUAAACAAGCUAUGCCACAACUCA